CCUCGGGGGUACACUGUACACUGUACACUGUGCGUAGCGUAGUGCACUACGUUUAUCCACACAAUAGUGACUACAGACUACUGACUAGUGAGCUGUAUUCCUUCCACUGUUUGUUUGUGUGGAGCCUUCCUGGCCAUAUUCCAUCUACCCUCAUCUCUAACACAUCCGACUUCAUAACUCAUAAGUUCAUUCUCCAGAUUGAUUGUCGGCCAUUCCCAUUGCCAAUCCCAUUGCCAAUCCCAUUGCCAAUCCCAUUGCCAAUCCCAUAUUGCCAAUCCCAUAUUGCCAAUCCCAUAUUGCCAAUCCCAUAUUCCCAAUCCCAUAUUCCCAAUCCCAUAUUCCCUUAGCAGUCCUUGAUUGACCAUUCUCUUGCUAACAUGGGUGACACUCUUCACACGCAUGUGAUCGAAACCGAGCGAUGUGGCUCGCUUAAUGUUUACGUCCAAGGCGAUAUCGAGCAAGCUCGCAAGGGAGACAAGGAUGGAAAACCCGUGUUUCUCACCGUCCACGAUAUUGGCAAGAACCACAACUCCUGGCUGAACUUUGUCUACCAUCCGUCGAUGGCCAACAUCCGCGAACGAGCCGUUUUUGUGCACGUCGAUCUCUUGGGACAAGAGGAUGACUCCGAGGACCUGCCUGAUCCUCACAAGUUUCCAACCAUGCAAGAAAUGGGCGAGGACUUGGUCAACAUCUUGGACAACCUCAGGAUCAAGUACAUUAUUGGUUUAGGCGAUGGAGCUGGAGCCAACAUCUUGGCUCGAUUUGCUACCAUGCACCACACGAGAUGCUUGGGUGUGGUGUUGGUCAACCCCACGGGCAAUGCAGCCACCUUCAUUGAACAAUUCAAGGAUAAGAUGCAUCCAAAAUUGGCCCGCAUCCAAUCCACGACGGAAAACUACUUGAUCAUGCACAAAUAUGGUCACAAACUGGAUGACGACGAGCAAGACGACGAGGAGUUGGUCAAGGCCUUCGAAGAUUACAAAGAGAAACUGCGCACGGCCAAGCUGAACAUGAAAAACGCCAAAGUGUAUGUGGAUGCCUUUAUGAAGAGAGACGAUAUUACGGGCCGGAUCAAAAAUAUCACCGACGACGUUCUCUUGGUAUGUGGCUCCAAAUCUGCUUAUGUGGCCAACAUGGACACCAUGUACUCCUUCUGCGACAAGACCAAAACGUCGAACCUGAAGAUCGACGACAUAGGAGAUGUCCUGGAGGAGGCCCCUAGCAAACUGGCCAACUCCCUUCUCCUCUUCUGCAAGGGAUUGGGAUGGAUGAUUUCCUUGACUGCUCCUGGUAUUGAGCGUCAGCGAUCCGCCAGCCAAUCGUCCACUGGAUCCGGUGGUGGUCUUCAACGCCGCAUGAGCAUGGAGGAAUACGACAAGCCCAACAUUCGCCGUCUUUCCCUCACCGGAGCCGAUUAAUCUCCUUACGUCCUCACACCAGACAAUGAAUCAGCGACCUUAAGUCACAUUCAUUAGCAUCUAGCUAGAUUUUUUUCAGGGAAAGCUGACUGACCCAUUUCCUCAACCGCGAAAGAUUGCCUUCAAAUCGCCACUACCAAGUGGUUGACCUGAUCGCCAGUCUUUGGUUUUAAUCCAUAAGUUUUUGUCCAUUUUCUACAAAACGG